UCUGAAACAUCGCAAGCUGAAACGAAAUAAUCUCCGUGCACUAAAACAAGCCUGACAAGCAACGCGGCUUCGCGGCUUCGCGGGUUCAAGCGGUGAAGAUCAGGCCCUACUCCAUAUUCCGCGAGAUGAAAAGAAUGGCCGAGACCGUGCAGGACGUUCCCUAUAAAAGACUUCGUUGCCCACUACCAUUGAUUCACUACUUCAAACAAUACACCAAUUCACCACCAAGAACAUCAAAAUCCAACAGCCCAACAUGUACAUCCACUCCUCCAUCCUCAGCGUCUUCGUCCUCGCGACAGCCGUCUCCGCAACUCUCAGCCCAGCCCUCUCAAACACCAAGGGCAAGGCCCCAUCGACCCUCGCCUGCUCCCCCGGCAAAACCUCCAAGGCCAUCCAAGCCGCCGAGUGCAGCCACAACACCCGCGUUACGAGCCAGACUUUCGCCGUCUUCACGACAGACCACCAGUACGACAAGGUCUACGGUGCGCCCUACGGAACCUGCCAGGCGUACUCAUGUGCUCCUGGAACGGCGAUGACCGCCAGCACGGACAAGUGGACGUUCUUCUGGAGUUCCCAGGGAGCGUCGUCCGGCGAGGGAGCGGGGUGCAUCAAGAGCCCUGAUGACGGCAAGUGUGGAUGCGAGAGCUCGGAUGGUGUGUUCCACGCUGGACAGAGCAACUGCGUGUAAAGAGUUGACGCAGAGUGAGUGAGGGGUUUGAAAACUGUUUGUGUGUGUUUAAAUGGUAGAUACUCUCUGCAUUUUUGAGAUUCUUCAAACGGCGUAUCAUAUGGGUUAGGAGUUGCUAUUAGCCAUCUUGUCAAUUCAAAUACUUCCGUCCUCCAGUUUACUUUUCUUCAAACGAAGACUCGUCUCAAC